AGAAUAACAGCGGACCGCAUUUGGAAGUGAAGAAGCGAGACUCGCAGUUCUUGUGCUAUUUGCAACUGCUGAAACAACUAUAAAAACAAAAGCUUAGCGAAAUUAAUGCAGAGAAAAUAGCUUAAACACAUUUCCACAAUAUAUUGAUAAAAAAAUACAAAAACACCGAAUAUGAUGGGGAACUAAUCAAAAGUUGAUUAACAAAAACAAAAGUGAAACCGAAAGACAUACCAUGUACAUACUGCAUACAUAUGUAUGAAUGUACGAAAAUUUAUUUUUACUAAAUUGUGUAUGCGCAAGUAACACAACGGCAGGGCGCGAUUCGAAAGGACGGUUGGCUAAUGGUGCGAAAUAAGUUGACUGAUACUUUUUGGCUACACAUUAUACUGAAAUAUACGUACAUACGUAUGUACGAGUAUAUAGACAGUAGGUUCAUCACAGCGCUCUAAUUUAUGUACUUAGUCAACAGUCAGCUGGCAGGAGCGCUCAGUAUCAGCAGAGCAUCCGCAAGAGGCACAGCAGCAUUUCAAAUUGUAGCAACAGUGUGGCCAAGAGAGAGGAGAAUAAUUUGGGAGGGUAGAUUGUGUUGGUGCGUUGGGUGCCGGAAAGGUGCUAGCAAGUGAAGAGCGAAGAGAAUUGCGGAAGCAAACGAUAACAGUACGGAGAAUUUAUGUGUGUGAAUGCAUAUCCGAAACCGAAAGUUUUCUUACCAAAGAAUUUGGCAUAAACACACAAAAGAGAAGCCAAAUUCACGUGAAUUUAAUAGACACUCGGUUGAGAAUGUAAGUGAUUUAAUGAACUGAAAAGAGGCAUAGCGAAAGAAAAUCAACUAAAACAUAAAUAAUAGCAAAUUUUUAGCUAAUUUAUAACAAGAAUGAAUUAUGUUAAUGAGGGAGUGUAAUAGAAAAUUUAACAUAAGAAGAAUAAUAAAAGCUCCUUAACAUAUGUAUACAUAAAGAAAUAAAUAUACAUAUAAAUAAAGAAAAUUAAUCGCAUAAGUUGACUUGAUUGCGGAUUACCACAAAAUUGCGAAUUCACGUAUUAGACAAAAGCCGGAUUGUCACAUUUUAGCCGCAAACAUUAUUUGGGGAGGACACAGCCACCUGUAAACCACCACCCACAAGCGGAGAGAACUUCACUAGGCACGCGCCUGGAAUUUGCAAUAAAUCAGUGACAUAAACAGCAGCGGCAGCAGCAGCAGCAAAAAAGAGCUGAAGGAAGCAGCGCACUUAAGAGGAUUUAUUUAUUUGUGUACACAACCGCCUACUUGAUUACCGCUAGAAUUGUGAGCGGCAUACCAAGCACUUGGAAUGUGUCCUUAACGCAUAUUACUGGCACAAGUGAUAAAUUCUUAAGCUGUGUCAAAAAAAAGAGUCAACAAAGCCACAUGUAUGUGCAUAAAAUAUAUCGCAACGAAUAAAUCGCAUGAGAUAAAUUUAAAAUUUAACUAUUGAAACUGAGGCAGUGCAGAAAAGAUAAAUAAUUCAUCUUUUAAACUUUUAAAAAUCAAUGAACAAAUUUAAAAAAACUAAGAUUGAAGAAACUCAAAAUUGGAAAUACAUAUCAAAAUUUCAAAGUAACAAAAUAUACCAUUCAAAUAAUAAAUCCAGCAUAAAUGAAAAGUUAUAGUAAAGUUCAAAAUUUGCAAAAAUUAAGAAAUUAAAAGUGCAAAGGUAUCGAUUACACUAAAAAAUUAAAAUUCGGAAAUUAAGAAAAUAACCGAUUAUUAUUUAUUUGAGCAUAUUCAAUAUAAUUGUAUAUGAAAAUAUUUAAAGAAAUUCAACAAAAAUUAAAAGAAAAAAAUUAGAGGAAAAAGGUAAAAGAAAGCUUAAUCAACUUUAAAAGAAAAUGCACCAUAUUAAUACUAUAAGCAACAACCAAAAAUAUAUUGUAAUUUUCAACAAAAUUUUAAAAGCUAAAUUAAAAAUAAAAUAAAAAGUGGAAGAAAGAAGAGCAAAUACUUGUAAUUAGAUAUUUCUACAAAAUCUUCAAUAACAGCACAAAAUCAAGCACUGUCGUUGGAAAACCCCACAUGGACAAUCAACUCUACAGUUACAAAUAAAAGUUCAGCACUAGCCGUUUGUACGCCUACAAAAACAUAUGUAUCUCAACUCACGCACAACUGCAUUUAAUUAAAAUUAAUUUAUUUAAAAUAAAAAUAAAACGGGAAAACUGAUCUCAGAGCACAAGGACUGCUAUUAGUUAUAACUGCAAACAAAUAUAUAAAAUAUUACUUAAACCACCGUUUUUAACAGUACAAUAAGCUGCCGCAAUCAUGUAUGGCAUGGUUUUAGAGUCCGUCCAACAUUUCAUUCAAGAGGAGUUCGGUGAAGAAGUUUGGCGACAAGUAUGCCAAAUAAUCGACUGCCGUCACAAUACCUUCAAGACCCAUCAAAUCUAUCCCGACGGAUUAAUGCCCGAUAUAGCGGCCGCGUUGUCGGCGCUUACGGGCAAGUCAUUCGAUUGGUGUAUGUCAUUUUUUGGCAAUUGUUUCGUGCGGUUUUUCAGCAAUUUCGGCUACGAUAAGAUGAUACGUGCGACGGGACGUUAUUUUUGUGAUUUUCUACAGUCCAUCGAUAAUAUUCACUUGCAGAUGCGUUUCACCUAUCCGAAAAUGAAAAGUCCUUCCAUGCAGCUAACUGAGGUUGAUGAUAAUGGCGCCGUAAUGGUUUAUCGCAGUGGUCGCACUGGGUUUUCCAAAUAUUUAAUGGGCCAGUUGACGCAGGUAGGACGUGAGUUUUACAAUUUAAAUGUAAAAUGUUCAGUAAUUGAGAGUCAAAAUGAUAUAAAUGGAGGCAUAGCUGGUCCUAUCAAGUUGAGCCACGAACCUUUAACGGUAAUUGUGAAAUAUCGUUUGGACUUUGACAAUCGCGAAUAUAUGGCGAAGCGUGUGAACGUUGUGGCACAUCCCACGCAACAAAUUUUACCGAAAAUCAAUAUUGAUGUAUUUCUGGAUCUCUUUCCCUUCACGGUGUUACUAAAUCGCAAUAUGGUUAUUACCUCGGCUGGUGAGAAAAUCGUUGAUACUUGGAUACUACACAAUCAGGGUAAGAAUCCACAAAAUUUUCUGGGUUCGCAUCUUAUGGAUAUAUUUAAGUGUCGCCGUCCAAAAGACAUCAAAAUAACUUGGGAUCAAAUUAUACAAAUGCACUCAGUACUCUUCGAAUUCGAACUAUUGCGUACGGGUCGCAAUCAGGCAGCCUACGAUGCACUAAUGGAUCACAAUCUCGAAGACGAGGUAAGGGAAGUAUUGAAUAGCAGUGAGGAAAAUCUGCUAAAUGUCGAUCAGAAGGAAGAAAUCGAUCCACUUACCGGUAGACGCAAGAUUUCCCAUGGAAACAAGGCGAUUUUGUUGAAAGGUCAAAUGUUUCAUCUAAAAGAUAUUGACUCACUAAUUUAUCUCUGCAGUCCGCUCAUUGAAAAUUUAGAUGAAUUGCAUGGAAUUGGUCUAUUCUUAAAUGACUUGAAUCCACAUGGCUUGAGUCGUGAACUGGUAAUGGCUGGCUGGCAGCAUUGCUCUAAAUUGGAAAUUAUGUUCGAAAAGGAGGAGCAACGCUCCGAUGAGUUGGAGAAAUCAUUAGAACUAGCCGAUUCUUGGAAGCGUCAAGGUGAUGAGCUCCUUUACUCAAUGAUACCACGUACCAUCGCCGAACGUAUGCGUAAUGGUGAGGAGACAAUAUGCCAGUCUUUUGAGGAAGUCUCCGUUAUAUUUAUAGAAGUGAUGAAUAUUUACGCUGGCGAUACGAAUGACAUACGUGAUGCCAUGACCGCAGUGACCACACUGAAUACGGUAUUCUCGGCAUUUGAUGAAGAGAUAACAUCACCAUUUGUGUAUAAAGUGGAGACAGUUGGUAUGGUUUAUAUGGCCGUUUCAGGAGCGCCAGAUAUAAAUCCUUUGCAUGCUCAACAUGCUGGCGAUUUCGCUUUGCGUGUGGUGAAGAAGGUGAAGGCCUUAGAGAUACCGGACCUUGCUAUCAGGUUGGGUAUAAAUUCGGGACCUGUGGUAGCUGGUGUUGUGGGUUUGAAAGUGCCACGCUAUUGUCUCUUUGGUGACACAGUGAACACAGCUUCGCGCAUGGAAAGUAGCAGCGACCCAUAUAAGAUACAAUUAUCGAAUUAUACCGCGAUGAAAUUGCGUGAGGCGGGCUAUAAAAUCGAAUCGCGUGGUUAUGUAAAGGUCAAAGGUAAAGGUGAAAUGGAAACAUUUUGGCUUUUAGACGAGCCGGAUAAAUAGAUGAAGUAGUGAUACGAAAAAGUACAAAUUCAAUUGGGCUCAUAAAGUAUGGGAAUGUUUUUAUGUAUGAUUGUAUGGACUCCUGUUUAGCGUUACUUUAAUGCUCAUAAACGUGUUAAACUAAAAACUAUUAAUUUAUGCUUUCUAUGUAUUCUAAAUAAAUGUAAAACAUCUCAUAUA